AUGCCCGCUGAAAAGCUGGAACAAGAGUCGCGAUUCCUGUUGUUGCCAAUAGAGAUUCGACUUCUCAUAUAUGAAUAUGUACUGGCUCCUGACAGGAAAGAAUAUCUUCAGAAUGUGGGGGACUACCGCGAUCCACCUCUGUUUUUUGUCAACGGUCGGCUUGUCAGGUUUCCAAUCUGUGUCAGUAUGAAUGAUAUCGGCCGUCGGCCGCUGUGGGAUUCUUGGUACAAUGAAUCUCAGGUAUCUUACAAACCUAGGAUCAUAUUGCGUCCUAUGAUCAACCGACAGAUAUACGCUGAAAUACGGCAACUGCUUUAUAAGAAGAAGAUUCUGUUCAGCGAAGGCACCAUCUCUCCUUGCCAAGGCCACGUCCAUGCAGACGAGUUAUCAAGCUUGCUGCCGUCCUCGUUGAAAAGACAAAGUGCCGAAACGCUUCGAUCCAUUACCAAUCUUGGUCUUACUGCAAAAACCGUUGAUCAAGAAUUUUCAGGUUCCUUAACGGCAGCCGCGAAGGAAAGCAUGCUCUGGAUCAGUGAUAACCUACCGAAUCUGCGAUCCGUCCAUGUUUUCUUCUCAACGGCUUUUAGCAAGGUGGAUCAAGCGACGCAUGCACAAUUAGCAAAGGCCCUAGCAUUCUUACCUGGACACCUGAUGAUAGCCCUCCACGGAACAGGGAGAGGUAACCGGCGAAUGCGGAAUUGCAUGAGAGAUUUUCUGAAAUACAAAGGUUGUGAAUUUGUGGAAGGAUGUUUCAUUAAGAUAGUUUCGGAUCAGAGCUGCGAAAGAUAUUUUGAGGGUCUCAACGCACGACGUGCUUCCGUGCCUGCCAAUAGGGACGGGCACAAAUCGCCGGGAAGGAGACACACUACCGAAAGAUCUGUGCCUCGCACCACGGAUUCUCAACAUAUACUGCCUGAAGCAAGCCACGUUGUUACCAGAAUGAUCUAUCGUCUUUGGAAAUGGACACUCCGAUACAUUCGCAAGAUUCUCAAAAAAGUCUGA